GCGCCAAAACAUUAGUGAGGACCCGCGAGUUUGUACGCACGUCGCGACGAUUGCACUUUCGCAGCGCUGUUGUAACGAACGAUAAAAGUUUAAGUGUGUUGGCACGAACCUUUCGACGUGACGAUAAAAACGACGUUUGUCUGUAACGGUAUUCUAUUUUUCUAAUCCAGUUUUCAAUUAUUUCAUUUCAACAGGAUCGCCACGACUGCUGCACCAACCAUCGAAAUGAGCGAUUUAAAUCCAAAUUUGUCUUGGGUAGCGGCCUACUUUCCAAAAUCUGAUGAAUAUGGCGUAUUACCUAUGAACUGGUUAUUUGAAAAAAAAGGUAAUGGAAAUGGAUUGUACUGUCUAUGGCCUCCUGGUAAACACAUUACUAGCGAAGUUGCAAUAAGAGCUGACCCUCCAAAUUCAUCUUGGUUAACAUUUCAAGUAAAAAUAAUUAUCAAUAGACCAUUUGAUGAUUAUGUUCAAGCUUGGCACCGUCUAGUAAUAUUAGCUGAAACUCCUUUAAUAGAUAUUCCACUGAUUACACCGAAAAAUGUUAAAAAGCACAACUCAUCAAAACCUAGGAAUGUUAAUAUGCUGACUGAUGCAUGUUCUUCAAGUCAGUUAUUAGAGAAUAUUAAUCUGCCUAAUGAUGGGAUAACAACUGGCCAAGAGACGAUAAUGAAGAAUACACCCAAGUCAACUGACAUUCAGAAUGAUGAUUCCACUCAUUUAAAUAACUUGGAAAUAAAACAUUUAUUAUAUGGAAUUUUCAAUGGUGGAGUAAAUAUAAAAUUCAUGUUAAGCCAAGUAUUGUCAAAAUUGGAAAAUUUGCAAAAACUUUUUGCUAAAAUGGAGCUACCACCAACCAAAACUCUAGAUGCACAGUUUUUAGAAAAGUUUCCUAUAAACAGUUCAGAUGCAUUAAAACAUAUAGAAGAAUGUAUAAUAAGUGACGAAUUUGAUUUUGGAUAUAAACUAGAAAUUUAUAUUAAAACAAUUGGUGGCCGUUCCUUUAAACAUCAUGUAGGACGUGCUUUGUCAAGAUUUAUCACUGAUGAAUAUGCAACAAAGUGUACAUGGACUGGUAGAGGAAAGGGAAAGAUGACUAAAAUUUGUGAUACAUAUUUGAUUAACAUUUUAAAAAGAGUCUUACAAGAAUGUUACGCUCCACAAAUAAAUACAGAUUAUGAGUAUGAGAAAAUUGUAGUUGGGUGGCUUAGAUGUCGUGUUAUUAGAUACAAUAAAUCAAAGUAGUCGCAGAAGUUCAUUACAUAAACCAAUGAUAUCAUAUUCAAGAUUUUAGUUCAGAAUAUUUUUUGAUACUUAUACAGCUCCGUUUUGAAUUAAUUAAAGUUAGCAGAUGUUUAUCAAUACAUUUUAUUGUAAACAUACAUCCAGAGUAUUACAUAUUAUAAUGAUG